CAAUGGUAGAAAGGCCACACUUAACAAAAUGUCAUAACAACAAUGUCGUUCAUAGAAAAAUUAAACUACUAUAGUAAACGAAAAUCAUUUAAAUAUGGCAUACCCUUCCUCAUCAUGAUGGUGGCCGGCUCCUUUGGACUGCAGCAGUUCUCGAACCUCAGGUAUCAGUACACGAAGAAGCAACCGGUGACGCCGGAGGAGAUGAAAAAGUACGGCGUGAACAUGAAGAACCGCCAGGAGGUGACGCUGGAGUCGGAGUAUGACAAAGUCAAGUCGGUGGAUAUAGACCACUGGGAAAACAAACGCGGACCACGUCCCUGGGAGGAAGAGGGCCAGCCCUCGACUGCAAAACACUAGACAUUAUGUUUUCCGAACAUACACACUUGUUAAAAGCAGACUGUUUUGCUUGUUGUACAAUGUACAUAGUCAUAAUUGAAUAAAUAUAAACAAUUUUUAAUUUCA